AUGCAGCCAAUUGGUCAAGGCCAAGAAAAAAAGUGUGAAAAGCCUACACUCCCUGCCGUGCCCCCACCCCUGCCCCAACCGUUGAGAGAAUAUCAGCAGAGGAACAGCCCUGGUGUUGGCAGGAGUAAAGAGGAAGAAAAAGAAAAAAAUGGCAGUAGCACUGAGACAAUAACUUCUGGUGGUUGCCACUCACCUGGGGAUACACCAAACGAUGCUGCGUCUGUCUAGCCACCUGCCAAUGACACCGUGUUACCUGGUGGUGUCCCUUGCCCUGGUGCCAGUCUUGCUAGCAUAGCAGCACCUCAGAAUCAUCAUGCUAGCCCCAAUCUCAUGGAUGAAAGCAAGACCUUCUCAUCAAUUGAGAGCCUGCAACAACUCUCCCAACAGCUCAGUGGCGUUGUUUCUGAGGAACUUCAGAAAUUAAGGGGAUCAGCAACAGGUGUCCAUGUGGAGGGCUCUGCACCAUCUGCUGCCCUGAAGGAUCUGGAGAGCAGAUACCAAGAGGUAACAGUCACCCUGGACUCGAGUUACGUAACAAUCAGUCAACUGAAUAAAACCACUGAGUCAUUGAAACAGCACAACCAAAAACUUGUCGAGUAACUAGAAGAAGAAAAGCAAGAAAGCCAGCAAAACUGGGGAGGCCUAAAGAGGCAAUUACAGGUGAGUUCAAUUCAGAUAAUUAGAAUCUUGAUGUUUGAGAAAGCAGAAUUGAAGACAGCACUGUGUCACACUGAAUGUGCUGCCAGGCAAUUUGAAGAAGAGGCCAAGGAUCUGGCCAGCCAUCUGCUGUAUUCCUGGCGUCAUGUGGGAGAGUUGGAGCAGGAGCAGAGGAAGGCAGAUAGGUACAACAACCAGUUAACCGGAGACAGCGAUGCCCUCAGGCUGGAGUUAUACAAGAACAGCAACAGCAAUAAGGAGCUGAAGCAGGAGAACUCAGCUUUGGCAGGGCAGCUUCAAGUUGUACUGAUUGACAAGGCAGGGAUGCAGUGUGACUUGGAGGAGCUGAAAAAGAAACUAGAACUCACUGACCUCAUGCUUCAACAGUUGUCUAGCUGGUGUGAAGCCCCUGAUGCUAACCAGCAGUUACAGCAGCCCAUAGAGGAACGGGCACAGCUGAAAGCACACCUAGGGCAGGUGAUGGAGUCACUGAAACAACUACAGAUGGAGAAAGAUCAACAUGCUGAGAAUCUGAAAGGAGAGAGCGCCAUGUGGUGGCAGAGGAUGCGGGAGAUGUCAGAGCAGAUGCAUACGUUGAGGGAGGAGACGGCGCAUAGCAUGAGUCGAGUACAGGAACUGGAGAUGAGCUUGGCUGAACUAAGAACCAGAUGGGUAAGCUGGGGCUGGGCUGAACCCCUGCUCCUAGAGCCUCCAGCAGGGCCCUCCGAAGUGGAGCAGAAGCUACAAGCAGAGGCUGAGCACCUGUGGAAGGAGCUGGAGAAUCUGGCAGGACAGCUUUAAGCCCAAGUGGAAGAAAAUGAGGGCUUGAGUCGCCUGAACCAAGAGCAGGAAGAGAGGCUGCUGGAGCUGGAGUGGAAGGCCGAACUCUGGGAGGAGCAGGUGGAGGCGCUCAGGCAAACCGUGCGGAACGACCGUACCACCAUCAGCCGCGCGCUCUCCCAGAAACACGAACUGAAGAAGCAUCUGGGCAAGCUGAAGGAGAUGGUGGAGCUGAAGAGCCAAGAGGCUCAGAGCCUGCCGUAGUAGCGAGACCAGUGCCUGAGUAUCCUGCAGCAGUACUAUCAGCAGCUGAUCUCUGAGAAGGAGGCACUGCACAGGCAGUUACUUCUGCAGAUCCAGCUCGUGGACCAGCUGCAGCACCAGAAAAGAGUAGCAGAGAUGGCCUGCCAAGAGUUGCAGGAGACCCAGGAAAGGGAGAGCGCCUAGAAGCAGAACCAGUAGCUACAGUCCCAGCUGAGCCUCAUGGCUCUCCCUGGGGAAGGAGAUGGACUGGCGAGUGAGGAGGAGGAGGAGCCUUGGUCCAUGCUGAGCAUCCUGGAGGACCUGGAGAGCUGGGAGACCAUGGUGGCAUUUUAAAACUUGGCUUUAGCCAGUGCCGAAGAGGAGCAGGCACAGCUACAUGGGCAGCUGAAGGAGCAAAGGGUGCACUGCCAGCGCCUGUCUUACCUGGUGGCCUUGGCCCGGAAGGAGCCAGAGGCAGCAGCCUCAGCCCCAGGGACUGGGGGCGAUUCGUGUGGGGAGAUCCACCGGGGCUUGCAGGGGGCCAUGGGGAAGCUGCAGAGCCGCUUUAUGGAGCUCAUGCAGGAGAAGGAGCGGGUGGCGAAACUGGAAUGUCGCUGCAUUCAGCUGUCUGGAGAAACAGACACCAUCAGAAAGUACAUCACAUCAUACCAGAGCCAGAGGUCAGUGCUGAAGACGUGGCACUGGGAGGAUGAGUACAUAAGCAGGCUGGCCGAGGACAAGGAGGAGAUGAAGGUGAAGCUGCUGGAGCUGGUGUUGCAGCUUGUGGGCGACUGCAACAAGUGGUAUGGCAGAUUCCUGGCAGCUGCCCAGAACCCUGCUGAUGAGCCUGCUCCAGGGGACCCAGCCCCCAAGGAGAUGGGGCUGCCGACAAGCAGGGGCUCACAUGGUGCUCUGAGCCUUGCCUCCCUGUUUCCAAAGAUCUCCCACAGUGUGGAGCCUGAACAAGGAGAGGCUGGGGAGGGUUCUCCCCAUGACAGCCCCACUGCACAGCAGAUCAUGCGGCUGCUUCAUGAGAUGCAGAACUCCCAGGAGUGCCCAGGCUUGGGCAGCAACCCCUGCAUCCCCAUUUUUUACUGAGCUCAGGAGAACAAGGCGACAGAGCUGCUGACAAUUAGAUCUGCCCCAAGGAUGACUCCAGCAAUAAAUGCCAUGAUGGCUUCAUCUUUGCCCAGCCCUUUUGCCAACCAGGAGAAUGAACAUUCAUCCCUCCAGGGAGACGUAGGGAAACCAAUGGGAAUCCCACUCCAUCAGUGUGAUCUUCAGAAUUAUCCAAAGAGAUUUUUUCUAAAGAAGCUCACCAACUAUACCAGAGAUGCCUAUAUUGUCUGUCUGAAUGACUAUAUUGGGCUAUAUUGUCUGUCUGAAUGA